AUGCCGAAUAAAGUCAACGACGAGGAAUUCAAGGCACGCCCUAUUCCUGAAUUUGCCAAAAACCUCGAGGGACAGGAACUGAUUGACUACGUCAACGCGAAUCAGCCAUUCUUCAAGGCAGGAGAGCCUAAGAUGUCUUACGAGCAAUUUAAAUCGCGCUUGAUGAAAACGAAGCUCGUGGACUUUGAUGAGGAAGCACAGAAAGUUGAUGAGAAAGCUCCAGAAAUCUUUUCCAAAGAAGUGAUUCCAGAGAGCUUUGAUGCGCGAGAGAAGUGGCCGGAGUGCAAAUCCAUCCACACCGUCCGUGACCAAGCAAAUUGCGGUAACGAACUGCUCACACUUGAGCAUCAAUUUUCGCUUGAUGUGCAAAACGUUCUUUUUAUAGGAUCAUGUUGGGCUGUCUCUUCGGCAUCAGCUAUGUCUGAUAGGUUGUGUAUCGCCACGAAAGGACGGAAACAGGAUCAUGUUGGGCUGUCUCUUCGGCAUCAGCUAUGUCUGAUAGGUUGUGUAUUGCCACGAAAGGACGGAACCAGACUUUCAUUUCCGACACUGAUAUUCUCACCUGUUGCUCAUAUUGUGGAGAUGGGUAUGUUCCAUUAG